UUGAUCAGUAAUUUUCUUAGUUGCUUUUGUAAACAAAACUAUUUUUGAUUUAUAGUUAAAUCAGUAUAUCAGUAAUUAAUUAAUAGUGUGCGUAAAGACUUUCUCGACAAGAAAUGGCAUCGGAAAGAACUCGGCGUUCCAAUGCAGGACAAAGAAUGGCAAAACUCCUCAAUGAGGAGGAAGAAGACGAAUUUUAUAAAACUACCUAUGGAGGCUUUGAAGAAGCUGAACAGGACAAUGAUUAUAAAGAAGAAGUAGAAGUCGAAGACGAGGUUGACUCAGACUUUAGUAUAGAUGAGAAUGAUGAGCCAAUCUCAGAUCAGGAGGUGGAAGAAAAGAAACGAAAACGAGGAGUUUUUACAAAAGCUUACAAAGAGCCAGCCAAACCUUCCUCUUUGAAACCAAAAGAAGCCCCUAAACCAAAGAAACCAAAGCCUCAAAAAGCAGCUAGGGUUGUUGUUGAUGAUAAUAUAGAAAGAAAAUCAGUAAGAAGAUCUACAGCCGCAAAAUCAGCUGAGGUAACAAAGAGAAUAAAAGAGAGAAAAGAGGAUCAGAGAAAGAAAGUUAAGAUUGUUAGACAUGACCAACACAAACCUUCCCAAGAUGAACUGUUAGAAGAAGCCCGUUUGACAGAGAAAAUAAACCUUAAAUCUUUAGAAAAAUAUCAAAAAUUGGAAAAUGAAAAAAAAAAUGCUCGGACAGUACGCAAAACAAAUGUAGGUCCUAUUAUAAGAUAUCAAUCCCUGUCUAUGCCCGUGAUAGUAUUAUCUAAUUCUAACAAAGAUAAAGAAAAUAAAGGACAGGAUGAAUCUAUGGAGGUUGACAAGUCUAAUGAAACUGAAAACAAAAGUGACGAAAGUAAAAUUAAUAAAGAUAAGUUAGAAGAGUCUAGGAUAUCAGUAAAAGAGAAAAGCUUUGAUUGUAUAGAAACUAAGGGAUAUUAUGAGAGGACGUUUGUUACAUUUGAAAGUCUGCAGCAAUUUAAUGAGGUUUUCAAAAAGAAGCCAGAUCUCAGACCAACAUUAAAAUCUCUCUGUGCAAUUACAAGAUUGCCAGCAAAAUAUCGCGAUCCUAUGACUCAAUUACCCUAUAGAAACGUACAAACAUUUCGUUUGUUAAGAGAUGCUUAUUAUCAACAAGUUGAGGUGCAAUCAAAUGCUAGUGAUCCAAUGAUAACUCCAGAAUUGGCGCGAUGGUUAGAGUGGAGGCAGAAAAACAACCAGAAUUCGCAAAGAACCACUGUGCGUCUUGAGCCUGCUUCUGCUUCGUCUACUCCAUAAUUCAUAAUUUUUAUUACUUAUACAGUUAGAUAUCCAAUUUUGUAAUAUACGUAUCAUCGAUGAUAACAGUAAUAAGACUAUGCCUACAAUAAUUGUAAAUAAAUUGCUUGUACAUUGGAAAGUUCUGCCAUUUGAUUGGCAAAAUCGUUUAUACUAAGAAUAUUUUAAUUUUCAUAAUGUAUCUUUGUAAAUGCU